AUGUCUCCGUCAAACGUGUCGACUUCGAGGACUCUGGCCACAGCCUCGUGCUUACGACUUUCCGCCUCCCCCCCGUGUCGCACCCGACCGACGAGUGCGGGGGAACAGCGGAAGCAGNCCCCCCGUGUCGCACCCAACCGACGAGUGCGGGGGAACAGCGGAAGCAGCCGGAUCCGUAUCGACCUCGAGCGGUUGAGGAAGGACAAACACCUACGGGACGCCUUCCAAAACAGGGCCUCUAGCCGCCCUCCGCCCACGGCGCUCAGGCGGCCAACGGGAGAGACCGCCGCCGAGCUGACGGCUACGGUGAUGUCGGCCGCUGCUGAGACCGCGCCGCUGGCGAGGUGCGCACGAGGGCAGAGAAGCUGGUACACAAGCGAAGUGCAGCACGAGAUCUCUGAAGCGUCUAAAGAGAUUAACGCGGCCCAGCAGCAACUGCGUGGGGCCUCAAAGAACAGCACCUUCGAGGCGACCCUGAAGGCGAUGCUCAAGGCGGCGCGGACGAAGCGCAGCAUCGCGAGGUGGAGAGCACUGGAAAAGUUCUUCGAGGGCUAUGUACGGCAGCUCGAGAAGAAGAGCCGCGAGGGGGAUCAGGCGGGUUUCUACAGGCACCUGAAGAUGAUCGACGUCGAAGGUAAGAGGUCGUUCACCUCUCAGAACAUCAAGGACGAGGACGGCAAGGUCCUUCGGGACCCCACGUUUAUUCGCCAACGGUGGGCACGGUGGUUCCACAAGCUUCUCAACACCAAGUCGCCGACCAUCGACCUGCAUGCGGCUGACAAGGUCAAGCGGUGGCCCACGUGCGUGCCACUCGACGACAUCCCAUCUCUACUUGAGGUUGAGGAAGCGGUACGGGAAAUGGCCAACAGAAAGGCCGUCGGGCCGGACGACCUACCGGCUGAGCUGAUCAAGCUUUUCCUGGACGGAGAUCAAGCCUCCGGCAGGGAUGCAACCUGGCCCCGCUGCUGUUCAACAAACUUGUUCUUUGCCGCGAUGCUCAUGGUCGCCGUGGCCGAGUUCGACAAGGACCCCAAGGUGACGGCGGACAUGGUCAACAUCGAGACACCAGUGGAGUACACGGGCAGGAAGGGCAGGUCGGCGGGGAGGAAGACGACGGUGGUGACGGACGCGGAGGCCUUGUGGGCCAUGCUCUACGCUGACGACGCGGCCAUCGUCUCGCGCUCGCCGGAGAGUCUCGAGAAGAUGAUGUCGGUCAUCGUGCGCGUGGCUGGCCUGUUCGGACUGAUGGUGUCGGAGCCAAAGACAGAGAUCAUGUGCAUGCUGCCAAAAGGGAUCGAGGAACACCCGUUCACGGUCAGCGCCGCCGGCCAGACGUACAAGCAGACAGAUCGGUUUGUGUACCUCGGACGUACCAUCUCCGCGGACGGGAAGGCCGACCGGGAGAUCACGAGCCGCAGCUGCCGAGCGUGGAAGUGCUACCGCCGGAACAGUGCUUCGAUGUACGACAGGCGACGGGCCAACCACCAGCUCAAGAUCCGGCUACUCCAGGCUGAAGUUGUGGAGACUCUCCUGGAUGGGUGCGCCUCGUGGAGCCUAACAGCGGAGCACUACACGAAGCUCAAUGCAACCCACCGCCAGUUGUUCCUUACUUACACGAUGCAUCGGCUGGAGCAAGCGGAAACGCUCAUACCUGUCACGUCCGUCGCCCCGGUUCCCACCGGCAGCGACGAAAGCGUGCCCCGCACCAUUCUGCGGCUUCCCCUCCCGUGCGGUCACCAUAUCCUGAUGGGCAUCUUUCACCACCUUUUCAAAGUGCUGACGGGUCAAAUUGGGGGGCGGAAGGGCACGCAGCAUAGCUUUCUCCAUUUUGUACUCGGAAGACAAGUUGUACACAACGUGCAAAUUGGCACCAUCGUCGGGUAUCACUUCCUUGGCCUGUUCGGACUGAUGGUAUCGGAGCCAAAGACGGAGAUCAUGUGCAUGCUACCGAAAGGGCUGGGGGAACGCCCGUUCGCGGUCAGCGCCGCUGGCCAGACGUACAAGCAGACAGAUCGGUUUGUGUACCUCGGACGUACCAUCUGCGCGGAUGGGAAGGUCGACCGGGAGAUCACGAGCCGCAUCUGCCGGGCAUGGAAGUGCUACCGCCGGAACAGCACUUCGAUGUACGACAGGAAACGGGCCAACCGCCAGCUCAAGAUCCGACUACUCCAGGCUGAAGUGGUGCAGACCCUCCUAUACGGGUGCGCCUCGUGGAGCCUGGCAGCGGAGCACUACACCAAGCUGAAUGGGACCCACCGCCAGUUCCUGACACGGUGUAUCGGCUGGAGCAAGCGGAAGCGCUCAGACCGACCCCUGUCCUACGCCCAGGCCCUCAUCCAGGCCGGCUGCGAGGAAACCAUCGAGGCCACCGUGCGCAAACGGAGGCUGUGUUUUGCGGGCUUCGUUAUGCGCAUGGGGGACAACCGCCUCCCCAAGCGCAUGCUGCUGGGAGCGAUGGCGGGGGGUACCGGAUACCGGGGCGGGCAGGAGAGCGACUGGGUGUAUCGCCUAGGAGAGGACCUCGUGGCGUUUGGCAUGAAAGAGGAGAAGGAGGGGGGGAGAUGGAAAGAGAGCGCCAAGGACCAGGAGGCGUGGUACGACAAGAUCGAGGACGGGGCGGCAUGGUUCAUGAGGAAAUGGCACAGACAGGAGGCGGAAGCAUCCGCGAAGCGCCAGCGCCAGCGCGCGGAGGAAGCAGAGACGGAGAGCACGGCCGCCCCGGGCCCGAAGAGAAAGAGAAUCGGGGAAGCGGCGGGGGGGGGGAAGAAACGGCGACCGGACACUGCUGUAGAAGCGAGUAGGGCGGCCAAGGCCGCGCUUGCGGCGAACGACGUACCCAACUGAUGAUGUUGUCGCACCCUGUGUUCCCUUUUCCCUGCCGUAAGCUGUAUGCUCUUAGUAUUGCCUCCGGCCUCUCUUUGUGCUUU